UGCGAAACGAAGCGCGUUUCGGGUUCAGAACUUUUGAUGGGCAGUGAGUGAGAUGGGUAAAUGGGAUCACCGUCCUUCACGAAGGUUCUUUCGCCGGCGAAGAUCUCCGGUGCCUCCCAUUACAUUCUACGACAUCAACGCUCCUCUUCCUGAGUUUUGGCAGGACGGAAUACCUUUAUGGGAGAAGAAGUACUGCACUGUUGUUGGAUAUGUACCAUGGCAGAAGAUUGUUGAUUCUAAGAAGUUUAUAUACUGCCACAGUAAUGUGCUUAAUUGGAAUGAUUCAUCUGCUGAAGAAGCAUUCCAGAAUGCCAAAAAACAUUACUGGGCAAAGAUCAACAGCCUUCCCUGUGAAAUUUCUCUGCCUGAUCCAGAUACAUAUAUUGAUCAAAUAGAUUGGAACCCUUGUAUUGAUCCUGAACUAGUUAAGGAAUUAGAUGAUGCAUUCUUUACUCUGCCUGAUGAGGAACAGGAAAAUGGCAUUAAAAACAAAAGAACAAAAACUUCAGUUGAUGGUGCAAAUCCUUGGGAAUGUACUGGUUCACGUCAUAGCAGAUCCUUAGAAAAUAAAGAGGUAGAAGGGUGGAACCAGGGGGAUUCUGGAAAUGUGGAUGAUACUCACAACCCCUGGGAAUGUAACAUUACUCGUGGAAAUGAUGGAUUAACUUGCAAUGCUUGUGAAGGUGGUCCCAUUAAGUCAUGGGGUUGGAAUGAAGGAAAGGACCAUAACUAUCAAUUUAAGGAUUGGAACACUGGUUACUCUCAGAAGGAUAAAAGAUGGGGUAAAGGUACGGAUAGUUCUUGGUGUCAGCAACCGUCAAAUAAUUUGGCUAACACUGGCAACUCUUGGCAAUUCAAAUCUAGCCAGCAGAAUGUAACUUCGAUAAACACCGGUUGGAGAAACAGUGGGGAAAAUGUGUCAGGGUGGAAGCAACAGAAAAAUGCCAAGCUUUCAAGUGUUUUGCAAUUUACUAGCAAUUAUGGUGGUUGGACUGCCUGGAAUCAGGGUUACUGGUGGAGGGAAGGCUCUAAUCGAGAUACUUUAGGCUAUAAUGGUUCUAAAUUUCAAAGGAAUGAUCAUCAAACAGGUCAUUACUGGGGGAGGGAGAAAAGUAAGAAGAGGUAUGUUGUCCCGUGAUAACCAUUUGAACAUACUCUGACUUGUUUCUUUUGUGGGCUAUAGAUUUUUUCUUCUUCCGUGUAUACUGGUGAUUAUUGAUAUGCCAGAAUGGAACUGUUUGUCUGGAUUUUUGGGGGAAGCCAGUUUUACUUUCAAGAGUAUAUGAUACUUGUGUUAUCCUUGAGCUUCAAAAGGGUUGCAUAGACUAAAUGAUUAUCAUACUUUAAGGUCAUCUUCCGAAGAGAAAUAAAUACUUCCUGAAAUUUAGGGUUUUUCUUUAUCCUUCAGAGGUUUUAUCAACACUCCAGGAAAUAGACCUCAUCACAACUUUGCUCAAAGUUGAGCCAGCCGAAUUUAGGUGCUUUGGGAAAUACUAGAUCUUUUUGGCGUUCCGAAGCCUUGGCUAGAUCUUUGAGCAAUGCUGAACAGUAAGGCUUUUUGCAACUGUACACCUUAUUUUGUUCCUUAUAUUUU